CUGUGGCGCGGCGGGGAGGAGGAGUCGCCGAGAAGACCCCGGGCGAGGAGCUGCGAGCCAGAGGAGGCCGCGCGGGCUCCGGACUUUCCGCGGUCGCGGGGAUCUCGGGGGGCAAGGGGAUCGCCGUGGAAGGGGACCGGAGAGCCGCGCCCGCCGCGCGGAGCGCCCCUUCGCGGCCCCUGCACCAUGAGCUGGGGCACCGAGCUCUGGGAUCAGUUUGACAACUUAGAAAAACACACACAGUGGGGAAUUGAUAUUCUUGAGAAAUAUAUCAAAUUCGUGAAAGAGAGGACAGAGAUUGAACUCAGCUAUGCAAAGCAACUCAGGAAUCUUUCAAAGAAGUACCAACCUAAAAAGAACUCGAAGGAGGAAGAAGAAUACAAGUAUACGUCAUGUAAAGCUUUCAUUUCCACCCUGAAUGAAAUGAAUGAUUAUGCUGGGCAGCAUGAGGUUAUCUCCGAGAACAUGGCGUCACAGAUCAUUGUGGACUUGGCACGCUACGUUCAGGAACUGAAACAGGAGAGGAAAUCGAACUUCCAUGAUGGCCGGAAAGCACAGCAGCACAUCGAGACUUGCUGGAAGCAGCUUGAAUCUAGUAAAAGGCGAUUUGAACGCGAUUGCAAAGAGGCGGACAGGGCACAGCAGUACUUUGAGAAAAUGGACGCUGACAUCAACGUCACAAAAGCAGAUGUUGAAAAGGCCCGACAACAAGCUCAAAUACGUCACCAAAUGGCAGAGGACAGCAAAGCAGAUUACUCAUCCAUUCUCCAGAAAUUCAAUCAUGAGCAGCAUGAAUAUUACCAUACUCACAUCCCCAACAUCUUCCAGAAAAUACAAGAGAUGGAGGAAAGGAGGAUUGUGAGGAUUGGAGACUCCAUGAAGACGUACGCAGAGGUUGAUCGGCAGGUGAUACCCAUCAUUGGGAAGUGCUUGGAUGGAAUAGUAAAAGCAGCCGAGUCCAUCGAUCAGAAAAAUGAUUCACAGCUGGUAAUAGAAGCUUAUAAAUCAGGAUUUGAGCCUCCUGGAGACAUUGAGUUUGAGGAUUACACUCAGCCAAUGAAGCGUACCGUGUCCGAUAACAGCCUUUCAAAUUCCAGAGGAGAAGGCAAACCAGACCUCAAAUUUGGUGGCAAAUCCAAAGGAAAGUUGUGGCCGUUCAUCAAAAAGAAUAAGCUUAUGUCCCUUUUAACAUCCCCCCAUCAGCCUCCCCCUCCCCCUCCUGCCUCUGCCUCACCCUCUGCUGUUCCCAACGGCCCCCAGUCUCCCAAGCAGCAAAAGGAACCCCUCUCCCACCGCUUCAACGAGUUCAUGACCUCCAAACCCAAAAUCCACUGCUUCAGGAGCCUAAAGCGUGGGACUCAGUCUUUCUGUUUUCACAAAGAACUCAUGAAGAGGACAAUAGGGAAACCCACGUAUGCCUUUGAGGCUAGGGACUAUGUUCUUUCUCUCAAGCUGGGUGCGACACCAGAGGAUUUCAGCAACCUCCCACCUGAACAAAGGAGGAAAAAGCUGCAGCAGAAAGUCGAUGAGUUAAAUAAAGAAAUUCAAAAGGAGAUGGAUCAAAGAGAUGCCAUAACAAAAAUGAAAGAUGUCUACCUAAAGAAUCCUCAGAUGGGAGAUCCAGCCAGUUUGGAUCACAAAUUAGCAGAAGUCAGCCAAAAUAUAGAGAAACUGCGACUAGAAACCCAGAAAUUUGAGGCCUGGCUGGCUGAGGUUGAAGGCCGGCUCCCAGCACGCAGUGAGCAGAUGCGCCGGCAGAGCGGACUGUACGACAGCCAGAACACACCCACCGUCAACAACUGCGCCCAGGACCGCGAGAGCAGCCCAGAUGGCAGUUACACAGAGGAGCAGAGUCAGGAGAGUGAGGUGAAGGUGCUGGCCACGGAUUUUGACGACGAAUUUGAUGAUGAGGAGCCCCUCCCUGCCAUAGGGACGUGCAAAGCUCUCUACACGUUUGAAGGUCAGAAUGAAGGAACGAUUUCCGUAGUUGAAGGGGAAACACUGUACGUCAUAGAGGAAGACAAAGGCGACGGCUGGACCCGCAUCCGGAGGAAUGAAGAUGAAGAGGGCUAUGUCCCCACUUCCUAUGUCGAAGUCUAUUUGGACAAAAAUGCCAAAGAUUCCUAGAGGGGAGUGCCAGCAAGCCUCGAGCCUUGGGUGAGCCUUCCUGGAGGAGCCUCCGCCUGCUUGUCCCCACAGGCCUCCAGCGCCCUGCCCUGUGGAUGGCCCACCCCUCCGCAGCCCCAUCCCUGAGGGGCAGCCCCUCUCUACGGCAUGCUCCCUGCCCUCCUGCCCAGCCCAAGCCACCACCUCUUGAGGGGACAAGUCUCGCCAGCGCCGCCACCCCCCCCCCCCCACGGCUCUGGUCAGUCCUCAUUGCUCUCCCUGCCCACCCCACAGGCCACCGAGACAGUGGGACACACAGCUCCUGCCAGCUCCUUCCUGGGCCCUUGGUCCACCUGGGCUCGUCCUGGUGGCCCUUCCGCGCUUCACACAGUGCCUUUUGUGAAAAUGUCAUCACGGGUCCCCUGAGGACACAAGGCAGGUCUGACACACACCAGGCGGACAGAGCGCUAUGAUGUCAUCCGUGUGUCACUGACUGUCUGCUGCAGGAAACACUUCCUCUUCUCCCGGGUCUGUGAAGUCCUCAGUGGUUGUUUUCUGAUUCUAGGCUUGCACCUCAUACUAAACGUUGACUCUUCAUCAUCCCUUCGACCUGAGAGCAUCUGGUGGGCAGGGGGCAGGGGCACACACACACACAGGCACACAUGCACCCUCACUGGUACACACCCGUGCACACACACACACACACACACACACCUUUUGGUUUGGCGCCCUGCCUUCAGUGGCCUGGGAAGGUCCACUCUGGAAGUCGAAUUCCAGCUCUCGGGCCAGCCUUGCCCUCCCCGUCACUUCCCUGUCUCUGAGAACGGCAGAUCAUGCGCUUGUGAGUGAGGCCCUCCCCUCUGCACCGGCUCAUUGCAAAGUGACCAUCGUCUUCUUUCCACGAACCCCAGGAUGAUGAGCAUCUGAGGAGGUUAGCACUUUCUUGGUGUUUUUUGUUUUUAUUUUUGUUUUUUUAAGACAGAGUCUCGCUCUGUUGUCCGGACUGGAGUGCAGUGGCGGGAUCUCGGCUCACUGCAACC